AUGGUUCUCGUCCCAAAGUGGUUUAGCCUCCGCUGGGUUCUCCAUCCUUCAUCUUUCCUGUUCCCCCCAUCUUCCGCGACUGAUCUCGUUACAAUUCCACUCUCGAACAUUAAAUGCUUCUUUGAACGGCUGAUUACCCCGCGAUGGAUUGGGAUCGCAGAAGAUUUGACGACCGUCGCGGAGGAGAAAGUUAUCGACCAGGUGAACGACCUGGCCGAUCGCCGUCUCGGGGAUACGAUAGUCGUCGACGCUCGCCACCGCGAAAUCGCUCGCGUCCACGGGCCGACACCUGGGUACCCUCAAAUCGAACAUAUGGGCGCCCGCGCAGUCGCUCACCUGAGUAUCGACGCCGCUCUCGAACACCUCCAUUCCAGGGUAGAGGGUAUGGACCUGGCUCGUACGGUAGGCGGCGGUCUCCCCCACGACGAUUUUCGCCUCGAAGAGACGAUCGACCUCGAUCGCCUCCCCCUUCCUGGCGAGCUCGAUCCCCCGCGUACAAUGAGGUGA